UCCCUCCACCUGCUGCCACUUACUUCCCUGUCCUUGUCCUGAGGCUGCCCUAGCUACACUGGGGCCGUGGCCGAGUGUCAUGGCCAGCGUGUCGCAGUCCGGAAAAAGCGGAGAUUCCCGUCGACCCUGGGCCCUGAUCGUCCCGGAUGAGAAAGGUCGAGAGUCCCGGACCCGCGGGAAUGCAGGGGCGCUGGAGGGCGUGGGCUGGCCGCAGUCCCCAGGUUCAGGGGCGGCAAGCGCCCAUCGUGUGCAGGAAGCCCAGGCCGGGUGUGAGAUACAAGUGGCAAGCCCAGCGGAGGAAUUGGUGCUGAUAUUGGAUGAUGGAAUGGUGGCCGCUGAGGUGGUGAUUGGGGUGGAGGAAGAGGACGGGGAGGCGACUGAGGAAGAGGUGGCUGGAGAGGAGAAUUCUGAGGAAGCCAAGCCAGAAGCAGAGGACAUGCACGAGGAGGAGGAGGUGGAAGUUGAGAGACAGCAGCAGGAGGAGAUUCAGGAGCAAGAGGAGAAGCGCGAGGCAGAUGCAGAGGCGGAGGAGGGGCCCCAGCUCUCACAGGAGCUGCAGCAGCGAGAGCCAGCGCUGCGUCCUGCCUCAGCCCAGGACCCGCUGGCAGCACUGGAGCGUCUUCAGCUGGAGAUCAGCGCUGGGAAUGCCCAGGAUUCCAGGGCCUUACGGCGGCUGAAGCGCAGGAUUCUUCGGAGGCAGAUUUCUCACCUGGAUCACAGAAGGGCCGUCAUCAAGCACAUCCCUGGCUUCUGGGCCCAGGCGAUUCUGAAUCACCCCCAGUUGUCGGCCAUGAUCGGUGCCCAGGACAAAGACGUGCUCAGCUACGUGGUCGACUUGGAGGUGGAAGAAGUGGGCCAUCCCAAGUACCGCUGCAGAGUGAUGUUUUUCUUUGGGGACAACCCGUACUUCUGGAACCCAGUGAUUAUUAAGGAGUAUCAGCUUAGCUUUGCUGGCUACAGGGCAUCGCGUUCCACUCCAGUCCAGUGGUUCUGGGAUUAUGAACGUGGAGCUCCCAGUCGCAGGCAUGACCCCACCAGGCUUAACUUGUUGAACUGGCUGUGUGAGCACAGCUGCCCAGGGACGAACAGGAUUGCCGAGAUCAUCAUCGAGGACCUGUGGCCCAAUCCCCUGCAGUACUACCUGAGGGAGGAAGGGACCAGAAGACAGUGAUCUGACAUGCUCACG